UGCAUCACGAUGAUAACCCUUUCAAUGAUUAUCCUCGGCAUAUUUCUCGUACUUCUUGUCUACAUCUUUCGUAAAAAUGGCAAAACGCAUCGACUUCCACCGGGACCAUCCGGCAUCCCACUGUUUGGUUAUUUACCAUGGAUAAAUCCAAAAUGUCCUCAUAUUUCGCUGACGGAACUGGCGAGGAAAUAUGGUCCGAUUUGUGGACUACGAAUGGGAUCUGUUUACACAGUAUUGUUAUCGGAUCCGCAGCUGGUAAGGCAGACCUUAGCCAAGGAUGCGUUUGCUGGUAGAGCUCCAUUAUACCUGACGCAUGGAAUUAUGCAGGGAUACGGCCUCAUUUGCGCCGAAGGUAACCUUUGGAAAGAUCAAAGAAGAUUUGUAGCAGGAUGCCUAAAGAAUUUCGGUAUGACGAAGUUACCCGGCGCGAAGAGAGACAAACUGGAGGAAAGGAUCCUUGCGACUGUGAACGAGUGCACGUUGAAACUAAAAAGACUUACUAUGGAAGAUGGUAUCGAUCCAUGCGAGACACUUCAUCAUUAUGUGGGUAACAUGAUGAACGACCUCGUGUUUGGUAAAGUUUACAAGGAGGACGACGAGGUAUGGAAAUGGCUGAGACACUUGCAAGAGGAAGGUGUCAAGCACAUUGGAAUCGCAGGACCACUCAAUUUUUUGCCGUUCUUCAGGUAUGAUUCCUGA